UUAAUUAACAGACUAGAAAACUGCUGUAGACGGCAGACGAGACGAGAAUACCCAGACAGUCGGAAGGUCCAUCAAUGGAGGAGGGAGUUCGACGGUGGGCGGUGAACGUAUCCAAGUGGUGCCCAUCUCCCCAGGACUUCUCUUCUGCCCUCUCCAUCCUCCCUCCUUCUCAACACCCCUCAGUCCUCAGGUUCGUCAAAAGCGAGGAUAGGAAGAGGGCGUUGGUCAGCCGGUUGCUGCAAUAUGCUCUGUUGCAUCAGGUGCUCGGAAUCCCAUACGAGCAAAUUAGCAUCGAGCGCACCUUGGAGGGCAAACCGUAUCUGGAAUGUGAUAAAGAUGUCACGGAGUUUCCCAAUUUCAAUUUUAAUGUCUCCCAUCAUGGCGAUUAUGUGGCAAUUGCAUCAGAACCACUAUGCCUUGUGGGGUUGGAUAUUGUUUCUUGCACUUUUCCGUGGAAAGAAACAGUUCCUGAAUUCAUUCAAAACUUCUCAUCAUAUUUCUCAAGACUGGAGUGGGAUUUUAUAAUAGGUGCAGGCAAUGAAGAACAAAUUUUGGUUGAAUUUUACAGAUAUUGGUGCUUGAAGGAGGCAUAUGUCAAAGCCAUUGGCAGUGGGUUGGCAUGUGGCUUGGAUAGAGUCGAGUUUCACCACACUGGUUGGACAAACAUAAGUGUCAAAAUCAACGGAACCUUUUCCCCGCACUGGAAGUUUUGGCUCCUUGAUUUGGGAGAAAAACAUUAUAUAUCCAUCGCAAGGGGUCACCCAAGAUCAGCAACCGAAAGCUACAAGAGCACGUUGAAAAGAGCAGAAUUUUCUGAGGAUGAGUAUCUUGCCGGUUUCCAUCUUCCAGAUGUUAGUUUCGUCUUGCAAACAGUGGAACAGCUCAUCUCGAUUCUACAGGAUGCCAAGAAAGCCCGAACUCCUGAAGGGGGCGCAAUGCAGCAUUAGCUAGCUGGAGAUGGCAGCAGAACCCAAAAUAGGAGUAAAAUUUCAAGAGCCUUGUUUAUAUAUCUGUACUGUAUGCACGUAAAUUGCUAUUGGGUUGAGGUUGAAGAAGCGCAUUCUAUCUGUUUUGGUAAAUGAAGAAAUGUGCUGUCACAAAUUGAAGCAGGAGUGCCAAGGAAAAGGACCAAUCAUCUAUA